UCUGUUCUACACAUGACACUUACGAAGUAAGUUUGUUGGGUGUAUGAAUGAAUGCUUACAGGUAAACAAUUAUAAUGCAAUGAGAGGUGCUAUAACAGAGCUUAAGUACAAGAGACUUUCUGGGACGUGGAGAAGGAUAUGAUUAACUUUGAGCAGUUCAGAGAAUAGUUCAGCGAGGCUGGUCUCUUCCAGAACUUUGACAGUUCAGUUUGCUCUCAGAGCAAACUGCACUGGGGAAUUAAGUGACGGGAUGCUAGAUAGCCACCAGGUGGCGAUAUUGCAGAAGGAUUUUAAGUAGCAGAGGAAAAGAGCAGCUCACUUCAAGCCGGGAGUCGGUGUUUAUGUCCACGUCAGGUUUUUUCUCCUGUCCACAAAAGUUCAAGCCGUGAUUUCUUUCCCUUUGUUCUGAUGGUCUUGGAGCACUGCUGUUCCUGCCCAAGGCUGCUUUGGGAGCUGCCUGGUGCUCCAGCCACUCUAGACAGAGGAGAGAAAUGAUGCUGUUUCCAGUUCAGUUGUUGGACUUCUAAUUCUGACAUCACUGACCUGAUGUUUCCUCUGCUAUGCCUCCCAUGGAGGGAGUUAAAGGGGAACCAUAUAAGAAGUUUGAUCGCCCUGCUGGAGAAACCAAAUGGAGAGGUCCAGAGAGAUCCAGAGACGACAUGGAGAGAGAGAGCGCACAGCCCAACUGAGACCAACUUUUCAGUUAUCCCCACCAAUGAGCCACACAUAUGAAGGAAGUCAUCUUAGCCCCUCCAGAAUAACCAAGCCAACCAGCUGGAUACCACUGAGUGACCUCAGUAGAAGCCACAUGGGACAGAAGAAUUAUCUAGACAGGUUGCUAGGUUGCCCUUCUGUGAGCUCUUCAGAGGACUUCUCCUUUGCUGGAUUUGGCAUCACUGGCCCCAGAGAGGGAGCAACUCCAUGGAAACGGCAUGCAGGGCUGUCCAAAGUGAAUGACCAUGAAGGCAGUGGCUGGAAAACUGCUCCAUUUUUCUCUGGCUUAGAAAGCAGUUUCUUCCAUCUGCUCCCAUUUGUCUUCAGCAUGGGGGAACAGAACCACUCUCCCGGGAAUGAGCUUCAGCACAGGACGAGAGCAGAGGUUCCCGGAAAGAAAAGCUGGCACUCCCAGGCCUAUGCCCUUGGGGCUGUUUCCAACUUUAUGUCUACUUUUCUGACCUUUCCUAUCUAUAAGAUUGUGUUCCGGCAACAGAUCCAUGCCAUGGCAGUGUCAGAGGCUGUGAGACAGCUUUGGCACGAAGGUCCUCAAUAUUUCUACCGGGGAAUCUACCCUCCUCUUCUCUCCAAGACGUUGCAAGGGACUCUUCUGUUUGGGACUUAUGAUAGCCUGCUGUGCUCUCUCUCUCCUGUUGGGCCACACACUCUGGGACAUCGCUGGGCUGCAGGGCUCAUGUCUGGUGUGGUGGAGGCUGUGGCACUCAGUCCCUUUGAAAGGGUGCAAAAUGUGCUCCAGGAUGGUCGCAAGCAAGCUCGCUUCCCCAGCACCUUCAGCAUUCUCAAGGAAUUCAACUCUUACGGUCUUUGGGGGCGCCUGUCACUGGGCUACUAUCGUGGUUUCUGGCCUGUCCUGGCCAGGAACAGCUUGGGGAGUGCUCUGUAUUUUUCUUUCAAGGACCCAAUCCAGGAUGGCCUGGCAGAACAAGGCCUUCCCUAUUGGGUUCCUGCCUUGGUGUCUGGUAGUGUCAAUGGAACAAUCACCUGCCUAGUUCUGUAUCCUCUGAUUGUGCUGGUUGCUAAUAUGCAGUCCCAUAUUGGAUGGCAGAACAUGCCAAGCCUGUGGGCCUCUGCCCAGGAUGUGUGGAACACUCGGGGCCGAAAGCUGCUCCUGAUCUACCGUGGAGGCUCCCUGGUCAUCUUAAGGUCAAGUGUGACAUGGGGCCUCACUACGGCAAUCCAUGACUUCCUGCAGAGGAAGUCUCGCUCCAGGAAAGAGGUGAAGACUGACUAGCUGCAGAAAGUGUGGCCAUGGUAGCUUUGGUAUUCUAAAUCUUCCCUGGUGGGUUCUAUACCGCUUACUUCUUUGGCUCAGUUGCCUAAUACAGCCAUUCUUUAGCAUCUGUAAGCUCAAUGCAUGGGAGAAGUUCCCGACUACCAACCUGUUGAGCAUGGACAAAGCCCAACAGGAUUCCUUAGUCAAAAAGAAACGUUUGCCUCAGUCUCUCCACAGCUUCAGUAGCCUCAGAGCCAGGAGGCCUUUAAAUAACCAUGUAACCCAGAUUAAGUGUCAUUCCUUUAAGGAAGUCCUUGACAAUAAAAGGAAACUUAAAAAGAUGAGCUUACUUAGCACUGUGAGCUCUGGGACCCUUCUAGGUGUCCUCCAGACCAAAAUGAGUGGAACUCCAGCUUCAAAGAACUAUGCUUGACUCUUAGGAUGGGAAUUUCAUAAAACUUCUCAGAUGGCUACAUUUUUAUGAUAUUGUUCACUUCCUCUAUCACCACCCCUCACUUCUCAAGACUGUGGAUCCUACUUUCAGGGUAGCAGCUGUGGCUGGAAAUCCUAAAUUAGACUUGCUUAAACUCAUCAUGUCCCACAAGAACUAGUGGGGCUGGAGAUGGGAGUGAGAAGAGGUGUGGCCCAUGGAUGGAAAGAAUAAAAACUUUGAAAGAAGAGAUUUAAUUACAUGCAAAAUAGAAACAUUUAAUAUUGUCUGCUUGGUGUUAUCUGCCAGGAUAUUUCUGAGAGCAAGGUGAUAACAUUGCCUAGAAACUAUUUGAAUUUCUCUAAGAAACAUGGAAGUGAAGUGACCAUAUCUCUUCACAAAUAAUCGCGUAUUUCAUUGAUGUGGUAAAUGUAGUUGCUAUGACAUCAAGAUGAGAAAUCUUAGCCUGUCAUUCAGAGGCAUUCAAUAUAUGGUCCUCAUAUAACUUACAACAUAUUGUCACUUGACUUACAUAAACCCCAAAUACUAGCCAACGUGAACUAUUCUUCUCUCCCCAAACAUUCCAUGAACUUUCCCAUGGCCAUACUUUGGCCCACACUAUUCUUUCCUCCUGCAGUGCUCCUUCUUCACAUGUCAGUCUACCAAAAUCCUUCCAGUUCCUCAAAGCUCAGCUCAGAGGUCACCUUCUCUAAGGAGCCUCUUGAUUUCCCCCAAAUGAAUGUGACAUUAGUCUCUGUGAUGCCCCUUUCUAACAGCACUUCAUACAUGGUACUGAUUCCAUUAUGUCACUAAUCUCAUGCGAACCUGUGUUCUUGUAUUCUUCAAUACCUCCUACUAGACUGUAAAACUUAUUGAAAGCAGGGAUUCUUGUAAGCAUUUUAAAAUCUUCCAUUGUGCCUGGGUGCUCAAUAAUGUUGGUUGAAUUAUUGAAUUGAUUAUCAAGCUGUGAUAUGGUAUAUCCUCAGGGUGCUGUCCCUUGUACAUGAAGAUAAUGUUAUUGACUCACUGUCAGCAAGACACAUGCCUUUGGGCUGUGUUUUUGUUUUCUUUUAAUAGCGGAUUUAGUUUUGUGCUAAUGAUAAUGAUGCUGCUGCUGAUGAUAAUAACAAUAAAAAAUUAAUUUCAACUGGAA